CUUACACGCUCACAAAGGACUUUUGAUGAUCGACCCCAGAAACGAGCAGAGUAGAGUACUUCCACCUGCCGCAGUAAAGUAAACCCUCGCCAUGGGUGCAUGCUCAAGCAAGUCGCAAGAGCUUGCCCUCGAUGAGUCAAUGAAAGACUUCCGACGAGAGAUGGAGUUCCGACGAGAGAUGAGACAGUCAUUGUACAAAAUCGAUUCGAACGUGAGAUUGCUUUGCGAAAGCACGCUCUGUCCAACUGCGACGAUGAUGGCAAAAGGCCUUCACUGUAUCGAUACUUGUAGGAACGAACCGAAUUGGCCAUGGCCUCCAUGUGAAACUUGAAGGAUCCGAGCUCUUCAUCCUCACCGCGGCACACGUUGCGUGUAGGUUGAUGGCCAAGGAAGACGUCUCGGUCGAGUGGUUUCCUUGGAAAGACAAUGCACAUGUGGCAGGGUUAGACGUGAAGGAUGUGUUCAUUCCACGAUCAUGUGUUGAGACGGGUCAAGCUGAUGUAGGCCUUAUCCAAAUCGAGUUCCUUGGCGUCAACGUGGAAGAAAGCAUGGAAUCACAUCCCAUUCUCGUGUCCGACCAUCACCAGGUUGGACAAACGGUUGUGGGUGUCGGUUCAACCGCAUUCCAUAUCAGGGGAGAUCAUAUUUUCUCAGAAAACGAGCGAAGAAUGGUCAACUCACCCUCCAGACCUGGCAUGAGUGGUUGUCCCCUGUUUGAUUCGACUGGCGCUGUCUUUGGGGUGGUCCAUGGUUCCACCAAGCAUCGUGCCAGCACUCUGCGUAAUGCAACGGACAGUGGCGGUCAACCUUCUUCCUUCUUGUACUGCGACUAUCCCUUGAAAGUCAAGCACACGCUGCUAAAAGUCGGUCAACGUUGGUGCGUGGCACUUGAAAAGGCAGAGGCAUUGCCCGAAGAAUUCUCUGAUGGCUUGAUGGCCGAAUCGCUCGACAGUAGUGAUAUAUUGAACGACAACCAUCGAACAUUCGUAAAAGACUUUGGAGCCACUCUGGAACUCGACAAGAAAGAAAUCCAAAAGUUGAGCAUGAACGGAAUGAUGAUUGACCUCGCAAACAAGAGUCUACCUAACGAGGAGUCGGAACGGUUGGAACUACCCGGGGAUGGAGAACACAUCGUGGUGUUAACCCCAGUUCGAAUGCAGGAGACUACAGGGAUACCAACCUAUCCAUUGUCACAGGGCCACUCGAAUGGCAUCCCAGCCGUCACUCCUUCUCCCGAGAAACUAGGCGUUGGGGCAAGUGAACAACCACAGUAGAGUUUAGGGGCUACGUGAUUCAUGUGUGCUACUUUGGUGCCACAAAAGACACUUCCAAAUGGAAAUGUUACCCUCGUCAUCCUUUGGCGACUAAAGCAGAUUGUCUGACAUGGUUAACUAAUUUAGCUACCCCUCCAGCUUCC